AUCGUAUCCAACCUUUUACAAAUACCCUACCGUAAUGUUCCCAUCACUAUUAAGUAACACCUGCUCAGACGUUCUUCUGUGUCAAACCAUCUAACCUCACAAACACAAACUCAAAACCUCACUUUUCUUUUUCGACCUCAUGAGUUGUAUCUGUUUGUGAUACUCCCUUUUUCUUGUGCUUUUACCCAUUUUUCAUAAUAAUGACUAGGUUCGCUAGAGCUAAAGGUUCUAAAGCUUCGAAUGAAAAGCUUCCAGAGAAACCAACAUCAUGGAGCAUUAUGAAGCAGCAACUUUUGGAGAAAACGAACAGUGUAGAAGACAAAAGGAAGUAUUUGGAAGUCAAAAAUCAGCGGAACGCCAGUUAUCAGAAGUUUCUUGCAGAGAAGGAAGAAGAGGAGAGCAAGAACGUGAAAUGGGCAGAUUUCCCAGGUGCUAAUCUUACAAAAAGCAAUAAAAAGAAAGCUGGUGUAACAAAAAAGAAAAGCAAACCUAUCUUGUCUAGUGAAGCAUCUUUUGACGAGUCUGAUGAUGAGGAAUUUAAUGAACUAAAGGCAAAGAUAGACAAGGCUUUGGAGGAGCAAGAAGCUAAUAGUGAGAGUGAUGCACCUGAAGAGCAUAGUUCCAAAAAUGAGGUGAAGCCACCUGAAGUAGCUAAAACAAGAAAGGUCAAGGCAAAGAAGCUUAAAAUUGUCUCUUAUAAAGAAUCCAAAGUAAUUUUGAAAAAGGACCAAGAUGCAAAAGCUAUUGAGCAUGAGAAGAAAAGUAAAAUCCCUGGUGGCAAAAAUACAGGGAAUAACAAGAAUGCUCAGCAGACAACUGAAAGCGAGAACAAACUUUCAGAACUAGAUUUGAGGAAAAAAGAAAAGAAGUUGGAAAGAAGAAGAAAGCAGGUCGAGAAGAAGAAAGCAGUUAAGCUUCAAAUGAAGGCUGAAAAAAUGAAUAAAAAAGAUGGUGAUAAAAAAGGAGAGGUAAAUCAAGAGUCUACGAAUAAACCAGAUCCUAGUGAAGAGGAACUGAAAAAAAUGGAAAAAAAGAAAGAAAAAAAGCUCAAGCAACUAGAAAGGAGAAAACUGAAAAAAAAGUUACUAAAAGAGCAAAAGGAAGCUGAACUAAAGCUUGUUGAAACUGAUGUGGAUAAAAGGCAAAAUAGAUGUGAAGCAGAUGAUCCACUCAUCACGAGCAAUCUAGAGCCCAAGCUAAAAAACAACUUCAACAAGGGAAAUAAAGGUAUAGAGAAAAUAAAUCAGGAACAUAAUAGUAACCAGGGUAAUUAUAAUAAAAAACUUUUACUUCAAAUAAUGAGGAACCUCACGAGCAAGACUCGAGGCCCAAGAAGAGGAAAGAUAAAUCAUCUGACAAGGAACCUCAAAGAAAGAAACCAUACUUACCAGAUAAAAUGUGGAUAAACGGUGAACAAGUAGAGAUAGGCUAUGUUGAUGGGUUCCCCAUCAUGAAAAAAGAUUCAGAGAGGCUGAAACAGUUGAAGAAGGAAAUGAUUAUGAAAGGAUUACCUGGCAGUGAAAUUAAAGCUGCCCUGAAGUUAGAGAGACGACGGGCAGAGAAGGCUUUAGCUAGAGAAAAGAAAAAGGUGUGUUUCAAUUGCCGAAAGUCCGGCCACAACCUUUCUGAAUGCCCAGAACUGGGCAAAGACCAACUUGUAGCCACUACUGGAAGUGGCAUCUGUUUCAAAUGCGGAUCCACUGAGCAUAGUCACUUGGACUGCAAAGUUGUAAAGGGCCAGUCUUUCAACUAUGCUCAAUGUUUCAUUUGCAACGAGCAGGGACAUAUAGCGAGGCAGUGCCCGGACAAUCCCAAAGGUUUAUAUCCAAAAGGUGGAGGUUGUAAUGUAUGUGGAGAUGUUAGCCACUUGAAAAAAGAUUGUCCUUCUUACCAAGAGCAGCAACAAAAACAGAACGACACGUUUAAAUUGGGAACUUUGGGAACUUCUAACCCUGACGCAGACGAUUAUGAUUCUACACAUAAAGUGCAAAAUGUCAAUAAUAAUAGUAGGCCAAAUAAAAUUAUAAAGUUUUA